AUGGCUUCCCCAUCAGAGCUCCCCUUGGCCAAUCUCCAGGGUUGGGGAUCUCCAGAAAUGGCCAUCCGGGCCGAAGCCCGGGGCAGCUCUCAGCCUGUGUCGACUCCCACCGCAGAGGUGGAGGCAGCGGAAGCCGAACCUACACCGAAGUCAGGUAGAUCAGGCUUUGAACUGGCGAGUCCCUCCCAGUUGCCGCAGACAUUGGCAGAGGCGCGACAACGUGAUCUCGAGGAAACUCUGCCGCCGGGGCCCGCAUCACCGGUCUUUGCGAUGCCGGAGGAGCUGCCAGAGAGUGAGGUGUCUCAGACACCUGCAGAGACUCCCCUGAGGUUGGAACCCGCGCCUUGUGCUCAAGGCUCUGAGGUCCGCACCGUGUCACAGGUGUCACAGGCACGCAGCGACGAGGUCGUCCCCUCGCCCGCCUCGGAGCCGGCGCCGCCCACGGGGCCCGAGUCGCCGCCGCCCCGGCGGAUUUAG